UAUUACAACACUAGCAACUAGGAAAAGAAAAAGAAAACAAAAAAACCAAUGAAAUGAUGCGCAUUUACAAAGUCUAUUAUCGCUUAUCUAUCUUGACACCCUACCCUCUCUCUCCUCCACCUCCAUUAUUUUCUCCUAAGUUUUCUCGAUUUAAUUCGGUUCGUGGUACACCUGGCCACCUGAGAACUCACUCCAGAAGCACCUCCAACUUCAAACCGAUCAUGACUGCCGCCACUUCCAGACUGGCCAAUCUCCUGCCGGCUAGCGCUUUUGCAGGCGAAGCUGCUGACGGUGGCGGUGGUUCUAACAAUGCUUCAACUAAUAUCGUGGCUGAAGAUGAUGAAGCAUUGGGAGGUAAGUAUCAACUUCCACCUCCGGAGAUUAGAGAUAUCGUUGAUGCACCGCCUCUCCCUGCAUUGUCAUUUUCACCACAAAGAGACAAAAUACUUUUUCUUAAGAGGCGAGCUUUACCUCCAUUAGCAGAAUUAGCUAGACCAGAAGAAAAGUUGGCUGGUAUGCGUAUUGAUGGAAAAUGCAAUACUAGGAGCCGAAUGUCAUUCUACACUGGUAUUAAUAUUCAUCAAUUAAUGCCCGAUGGUACACUAGGUCCAGAGAAGGAGGUACAUGGAUUUCCAGAUGGUGCCAAAAUUAACUUUGUUACCUGGUCGCUUGAUGGUAGACAUUUGUCCUUCAGCAUUCGAGUUGAUGAAGAAGAUAAUAGCAGUAGUAAGCUUAGAGUAUGGGUUGCUGAUGUGGAAACAGGGAAAGCUAGGCCAUUGUUUCAAUCAUCAGAUGUUUAUCUAAAUGCUGUUUUUGAUAAUUUUGUUUGGGUGGAUGAGUCGUCUUUGUUAGUUUGCACUAUUCCGUUGUCUCGUGGAGAUCCACCUAAGAAACCUUUGGUUCCUUCUGGUCCAAAAAUUCAAUCUAAUGAGACAAAAAAUAUUGUUCAAGUUAGAACGUUUCAGGAUUUGUUGAAAGACGAGUAUGAUGAAGAUUUAUUUGACUAUUAUGCUACCUCACAACUUGUGUUAGCAUCUUUGGAUGGGACAUUAAAGGAAAUUGGCCCACCAGCUGUGUAUACAUCAAUGGAUCCUUCCCCUGAUCAGAAGUACAUUUUAAUUAGUUCUAUUCAUAGGCCAUACUCUUUUAUUGUACCAUGUGGUAGAUUUCCAAAGAAGGUAGAGAUAUGGACAACUGAUGGAAAGUUUGUGAGGGAACUUUGUGAUUUGCCGCUUGCCGAGGACAUUCCCAUAGCAUUCAAUAGCGUGCGCAAAGGAAUGCGAGCAAUUAAUUGGAGAUCUGACAAGCCAUCAACACUCUACUGGGCAGAGACACAAGAUGGAGGUGAUGCGAAAGUGGAAGUGUCUCCACGAGAUAUAGUAUAUGCACAACUCGCUGAGCCUCUUGACGGUGAACAGCCAGAAAUCUUACAGAAGCUCGAUCUUCGUUAUGGUGGAAUUUCUUGGUGUGAUGAUUCACUAGCUCUAGUUUACGAGUCAUGGUACAAGACGAGGCGAACAAGAACCUGGGUAAUAUCUCCUGGUGCUGAAGAUGUGAGUCCACGCAUACUAUUUGAUAGGUCAUCAGAAGAUGUUUACUCUGAUCCGGGCUCCCCUAUGAUGAGAAGAACUCCUUCUGGAAAUUACGUGAUUGCAAAAAUAAAGAAGGAAAAUGACGAAGGUACUUAUGUUUUACUGAAUGGAAGUGGCGCUACACCGGAAGGGGACAUCCCUUUUCUUGAUCUGUUUGACAUAAAUACAGGCAGCAAGGAAAGAAUUUGGCAGAGUGACAAGGAAAAACACUAUGAGAGUGUUGUUGCUUUAAUGUCUGAUAUUAAGGAAGGGGACCUAUACCUUGAUCAGUUGAAAGUAUUGACAUCAAAGGAGUCAAAAACUGAAAAUACCCAGUAUUACAUACAGAGCUGGCCAGAUAAGAAAGCAUGUCAGAUUACAAACUUUCCUCAUCCAUAUCCGCAGUUGGCGUCAUUGCAGAAAGAGAUGAUUAGGUACCAAAGGAAGGAUGGAGUUCAGCUCACUGCAACAUUAUACUUGCCGCCAGGCUAUGAUCCAUCAAAGGAUGGCCCUCUCCCAUGUCUAGUCUGGUCUUACCCUGGAGAAUUUAAAAGCAAAGAUGCUGCAGGACAAGUGCGUGGUUCUCCUAAUGAAUUUGCAGGCAUAGGUCCAACAUCGGUUCUUCUUUGGCUGGCUAGGAGGUUUGCUAUUUUAGCUGGGCCAACAAUUCCUAUUAUUGGUGAGGGUGAUGAUGAGGCAAAUGACAGGUAUGUAGAGCAACUGGUCGCAAGUGCAGAGGCAGCUGUCGAGGAAGUUAUCCGACGCGGAGUUGCUCAUCCUGGAAAAAUUGCUGUCGGAGGACAUUCUUAUGGUGCAUUCAUGACUGCAAACCUCUUGGCACACGCUCCUCAUCUUUUCUGUUGUGGAAUUGCACGCUCGGGGGCUUACAACAGAACUCUGACACCUUUUGGUUUUCAGAAUGAGGACAGAACACUCUGGGAGGCCACUACAACAUAUGUUGAGAUGAGCCCUUUCAUGUCAGCAAACAAAAUUAAAAAGCCAAUAUUGCUUAUCCACGGAGAAGAAGAUAAUAAUUCAGGAACACUAACCAUGCAGUCGGAUCGCUUCUUUAAUGCGCUAAAAGGUCAUGGUGCACUUUGUCGCCUGGUCAUUCUUCCCUUUGAGAGCCAUGGGUAUGCUGCACGAGAAAGUAUCAUGCAUGUUCUGUGGGAAACAGAUAGAUGGCUGCAGAAAUAUUGUGUGCCAAACACUUCUGAUGUAAAUGCAGAACUCGGUGCAAGAAAAGAUGAAGCAAGCAAAGGAGUUAUAGACACUGAAAACAAUGCAGUAGCAGCCACCGGAGGCGGUGGCCCUGAGCUGGCAGAUUCUGAGCAUGAGGGGUUCCACUGUAUUCCACGGUCAUUAUUAUGAUUGAAGCGGAUCUUCAGCUGCCAAGGACUAGAAUAGGAGCAGCACUACUGAUGUCUGAACGGAUGCUGAAAAGGGGGAAAUGCCUAUCUCCAAGAAAUGUGAAAAUGUGCAUCAAAUAACCAUUUGACUCGGAAAUCUAUUAUUAGCAACUGUACGCUUAAAUGUUACAACCUGAAGUAAUGAUCAAAGGAACAAGAAAUCCAUCUCGUUCAUAAUUCAGCGUAGCUUGCGCAGCACUGAACAUGAAUGUAUCAAUAAUGAGAUUAACAGUGAAUUUUACAGUUUAAUAAAGCAAAAUUUUGUUGCACAA